GAAACUUGAGAAAAUAGGAAAAAAUACAGCAUAUUAUAAGAACACAAGUGUCAGUAACUUAUUGGUCCAUAUUCUUCCCAUUCCCUCCUCAAACCAAUUCACCAAUCCCAAAUUCUUUCCGUCAAAACCAAGUUUUCCGGCAAUGUUCUUACCUGAAAACUACCUUUCUCUCUCUCUCCUCCUUAUUUUCUCUCUCUUCUUUCUCACUCCUUCCCAUUCUCUCUCAUCGGGAAACCACCUUCUCCUUCCCAGCAACCGGAAAUUCGGCCAAGAUGACCAACUCUUCUGCGAGAGUUGGCGGUUUUCCGUCGAAACAAACGAUGCAGGGAUUUGGGAUACCAUUCCAACCCGAUGCUUUGACUUCGUGAAAAACUAUGUUACCAGUGACCGUUACUUGUCGGACUCCGAAGUCGUUGCCGGAGAUGAGUUGGAAUUCGCGAAAUCUGUUAAUGUUUCCGGCGAUGGAAAGGAUGCUUGGAUUUUCGAUGUUGAUGAAACUCUUCUCUUUAAUUUGCCUUAUUAUGAGCUUCAUGGAUAUGGAUCAGAGAUCUUCGAUGAAGAGUCUUUUGAUGAGUAUAUGUAUCUUGCAAAUUCACCUGCUUUGUCAGCAAGUUUGAGCCUGUACAAGGAGCUUCAGCAACUCGGGUUCACAAUAUUUGUCUUGACAGGCAGGAGUGAGCCUUUUAGAAAUGCUACUGAGGCUAAUCUACGGGAUGCAGGUUACAAUAUCUGGGAAAGAUUGAUCUUAAGGGGGCCUUCUGAUAAAGGUAAACUGGCUGUUGAGUACAAGUCCGAGAAGAGAAAGGAAUUAGUGGAUGAGGGUUAUAGAAUUCGCGGCAACUCAGGAGAUCAAUGGAGUGACUUACUAGGAUAUGCAAUUGCCCAAAGAUCGUUUAAACUCCCAAAUCCAAUGUAUUAUAUUGCUUGAUUCUGUAUUGUUGUAUCUUUUUAGCUGCAUUCUGUCAUUAUAUGUAAAAUUCAAGCUUUGUCCAUCUCAAAUCUCAAGAUCUUCAUUAUUUCCAAUUAUCAGUAGCUUAAAUUUCUGUAAAAUGGAAAAUUGAUUGUACAAGGGGAAGUUUGGAGGAAAUUCUUUAUUUUGAACAUGGAUAUGAUCCAUAAAUAAAAAUGUUACAGGGAUUGAAGAUAUCUUUGGAGGCUA